UUAGUUGCCUUCUCGGCCCAUCAGGCCCAGCACCCAAACCGCUGUGCUCCCUUCGUGGCGGCGACGCCGACGAGGCGUACGCGUCUUCUCCGCCGCCGCCGCCGCCGCCGCCGUCCGUCCGUCCGUCCGGUCGGCCAGCCGGCAACGGCCACCCGUGAGCGACAUCCGCGACCGGCCAGAACCGCUUCCUUUGGUAGUCCGUGCCCGACGCCAACAAGCGGAGGAGAUAUCCCACAAUGGGCAUCAGUAAGACUGAAGUGAAUCUGCUGCGGUUGCUUGACUCGGCUCCGCGGCAGCAGAACCAGGCUAAACUCAUUCAUUAUGUCACCACAUCGAGGGAACUGUUGGAGAAGCUGGCAGCGGAAAAUACGUCAGAAGGGAUAUCAAGUAUUGCAAAAGGAAGGCUAAAUGAGUAUUCAGAGAGGAUUGAGGAACUUGCCGCAAGGCUUGCUUCUCUAGUGCCUGGUUACGAAAAUGCUGUUGAAGCCAUCAGAAAAGAAGAAAGUUACCUUGAAGGGGAACAAAUUAGAAGUCCAAUAGCCUUAUCCCCUGGAUUGAGGAGGCGAUUGACAGCUCUGCAAGAGAUUGAACAACCUACCAAUGCAAAAGAAAGAAAUGUUGCAGAACCUCUUAGAUUAGAUGAAGCAGCCCAGGCAAACAUAGAGAAAUAUAGGAAUCUGCAAGAAGAUUUGACUGAUGAGAUUGUUGAAUUAGCACGCCAGCUGAAGGAUAGCAGUCUUAUGAUGAACCAGUCUGUGCAAGCAACAGAGAAGAUACUUGAUUCAACUGAAAGGGCUGUGGCAUAUAGCUUGGCAGGCACUGACCGUGCAAAUGCACAAGCUGUGGAGGUGUCUUCGUUAACCUCCAAAACAACUUGUUUCCAGUGGUUUCUGCUUUUUGUAAUGACCUGUAUGUUCAUCAUGGUUGUUCUACUUAUACGGGUAACCUAAGGCGUGGCAUUCACUGAAACAAAUGUGACCAGUUACAGUACAUUACUGCUCGAAGAUAGACCUCCAUUACAAAAUGCUGUACUGACUAGUAUAAGUGAUAGAUGCUGCGACUUUCUUUAGUCAGCUAGCUAGAAGCUGUUAAUAAAUGAAUAUAGCAGGCUUUUGGCCAUGUAUAACCAUGCUGACCGAGUUUGAAUUCAUUACCUAAAAAAAAAUGGAUAUAGCAGGCAACCGCUGAUAUGAUUUUUUUUCCCUCAUUUUUUUGAUGUGCAAUGAGUUGUUCGGUGCUCAUAUUUUUGUAAGCCGCUGAUAUAGCAGGCAGACGCUGAUAUACUUCUUAACUUCCAUUUGAUGUAUGAUCAAUGUAUAUAUACUAAAUUGCAAGCA